UGUACUCUGAUUCAUAGAUUUGUUUUCUCAGUAGCUUCUGAUAUAGGUAGCAAUGGAGGGUGGGCACAAAAAUUGUGGUAUUUUGCUGGUAUCACUGGUUAUAAUCGCCGGGGCAUUACCAUUUUGUUCUUCGCAAGCAACUAGAAGGUUUCAGUUUAAUGUUGAGUGGAAGAAGGUAACUCGUCUAUGCACUACCAAGCAACUUCUAACGGUGAAUGGGCAGUAUCCAGGCCCAACCAUAGCUGUUCACGAGGGUGAUCGCGUUGAGAUUAAAGUCAAAAAUCGUAUUGCUCAUAAUACUACUCUUCAUUGGCAUGGACUGAGGCAGCUCAGAACAGGAUGGGCUGAUGGACCAGCUUACAUUACCCAAUGCCCCAUAAGAGGAGGCCAGUCUUACACCUACAAGUUCUCUGUUAUUAACCAAAGAGGCACAUUGCUAUGGCAUGCUCAUUAUGCUUGGCAAAGAGCAUCUGUCUAUGGUGCUUUAAUAAUCUAUCCUCGCAUGCCGUAUCCAUUCUCAGCUCAGAUUCAAGCUGAAAUCCCUAUCAUUCUGGGUGAAUGGUGGAAUGGGGAUCCCGAUGAAGUUGAAAAAAUAAUGAUGUUGACAGGAGCAGGGCCAGAUAGUUCCAACGCUUACACCAUAAAUGGAAUGCCAGGACCUCUCUAUCCUUGCUCUAACAGAGAUACUUUUAUCCAGACGGUGGAGUAUGGCAGGACCUACAUGCUUAGGAUCAUCAAUGCAGCUCUAGCUAAUGAGCUUUUUUUUGCAAUAGCAAAACACAAAUUGACAGUUGUGGAGGUUGAUGCAGUCUACACUAAGCCCUUCACAACCACAUCCAUUAUGAUUGCUCCUGGACAAACCACAACUGUUUUAAUGACAGCAAACCAAGUUCCAGACUCCACGGGCAAGUUUGCGAUGGCAGCAAGGCCUUAUCUUACUUCUGUUUUCCCCUUCAACAACUCCACCACAAUUAGUUUCUUGAGGUACAAAAAUGCAAGGAACCGCAGAGGAAAACCUCCUUUUAAUCUGAGUAGCCUUAAACUUUACAACCUUCCAGCAAUGGAAGACACUGCAUUUGCUGCAAAAUUUUCGGGCAACAUUAAAAGCCUUGCAUCUCCUAAGUACCCAUGUGAUGUGCCUAAAACAAUUGACAAGCGAGUGAUAACAACUAUAAGCCUAAACCUUCAAGACUGUCCUGCAAAAAAACCCUGCCUAGGUUUCAGGGGAAAGAAAUUCUUUGCUUCAAUGAACAACCAAUCCUUUGUUCGCCCUUCCAUCUCAAUAUUAGAAAGCUAUUACAAGAACCUAACCACCACUAGUUUCUCCUCCGAUUUCCCAGAAAAACCACCAAAUGCUUUCGAUUAUACAGGAGGAGAUCCACUGUCUCAAAACAUGAACACAGAAUUUGGCACAAAACUUAUAGUAGUGCCCUAUGGUACAAACUUAGAGAUUGUGCUGCAAGACACUAGUUUUCUUAAUUUGGAGAACCAUCCAAUUCAUGUCCAUGGUCACAACUUCUUCAUUGUUGGGAGUGGAUUUGGAAACUUCAACAAAGCCAAGGAUCCGAAGAGAUACAAUCUUGUUGAUCCUCCAGAGAGGAAUACAGUGGCAGUUCCAAGUGGGGGAUGGGCUGCUAUUAGGAUCAAGGCAGAUAAUCCAGGAGUUUGGUUCAUACAUUGUCACCUAGAGCAACAUACUUCGUGGGGUCUUGCCGCUGGCUUUAUUGUCCAAAAUGGUCAGGAACCAUCUCAAAGGUUGCUUCCGCCUCCUCAAGAUCUUCCCUCCUGCUAAUUAAUCAUCUUCUUUAGACACCAGUCAACGCCUUGCUGCAUUUAAGAAUCUUCCCUCAAUUUGUUUUUUUUUUGUUUAAUUUUCUUUCCAUGGAUGCACAAAUAGCUACAUGGUUUGGUUUGCAAGUAGUAAUGUUUUGUAAUAGGCAAGUGGAGAAGUAUAGUCUAGUUUGUUAAAUAAUAUUUAUCUAGUCUUAUUUAUUAAGGAUAAAAUAGUAUUUUCAGUUUAA